AAACGUCUGCUCAAUCUACGUCAGUGCUGCUCGAGCCUGAGACGAUUGAAUGGAUGUCGAUGGGUUCCCUGGACACUCGCUGUCCAAUCAUCGUCCUCCACAUGCGGCAGAGAGGCAUUAGUGAGGCUCCUGCGAUAAAACAAGAGUAAACGCCGCUUCCAUCAUCACUGAACGGGAGAGAAAGACGGCGAAAGGGGUCGACCGUCACAUUUCCAGGCAGGCAGAGGCUUGGACGGGGGGUGAAUGUGAUGUACUAAGCAAGGAUCUUUUCUUUUGGCUUCCACUGACUCCCAGUUCUUUGGGGAACAAGAAGAAGAUAGAAGAACUCAUCUGUUUGGAUAAAACUCCUGGAAGAUUUCUUGAGAGGGAUUCUCUUCCCAGCUAACCAUGGAGAAUGCUCACGCCAGUAGUGUGGAAGAAGUUUAUAGUUAUUUCAGCGUCAACGAGAGCACGGGACUGACUUUAGACCAGGUGAAACUACAGAAAGAGAAAUGGGGUCCCAACGAGUUGCCUGCUGAGGAAGGAAAAUCUAUAUGGGACCUUGUCAUCGAGCAGUUUGAAGAUUUACUUGUGCGGAUUCUUCUACUGGCAGCUUGUAUAUCUUUUGUAUUAGCCUGGUUCGAGGAGGGAGAGGAAACAAUCACUGCAUUUGUGGAGCCUUUUGUAAUCUUACUGAUUCUUAUAGCUAACGCCAUCGUAGGUGUUUGGCAGGAACGUAAUGCAGAAAAUGCCAUUGAAGCCCUUAAGGAGUACGAGCCAGAGAUGGGCAAGGUGUACCGUCAGGACAGGAAGACCGUCCAGAGGAUCAAAGCCAAAGACAUUGUGCCUGGAGACAUAGUGGAGGUCGCUGUGGGCGACAAGGUACCUGCCGACAUCCGUAUCUCUGCUAUUAAGUCCACCACGCUCAGAGUGGACCAGUCUAUCCUGACAGGCGAGUCUGUGUCCGUCAUUAAGCACACCGACCCCGUGCCGGAUCCCCGUGCAGUCAAUCAGGACAAGAAAAACAUGUUGUUCUCAGGAACCAACAUUGCUGCAGGCAAAGCUGUAGGUGUGGUGGUGGCCACAGGUGUGAACACAGAGAUCGGUAAAAUCCGUGACGAGAUGGCCUCCACCGAGCAGGAGAGGACACCCCUGCAGCAGAAGCUGGAUGAGUUUGGGGAGCAGCUCUCUAAGGUCAUCUCUCUCAUCUGCAUCGCCGUGUGGAUCAUCAACAUUGGCCACUUCAACGACCCCGUCCACGGCGGCUCCUGGAUCCGUGGAGCCAUUUACUACUUCAAGAUUGCUGUCGCUCUAGCUGUGGCUGCCAUACCUGAAGGUCUUCCUGCUGUCAUCACCACCUGCCUGGCUCUCGGCACCCGCCGUAUGGCCAAGAAAAAUGCCAUUGUCCGCUCUCUGCCCUCUGUGGAGACACUGGGUUGCACUUCCGUCAUCUGCUCAGACAAGACCGGCACCCUCACCACCAACCAGAUGUCCGUCUGCAGGAUGUUCAUCAUAGACAAGGCUGAGGGGGAGAACUGCUCACUGACUGAAUUCACCAUCUCUGGCUCCACAUACGCUCCUGAAGGAGAUGUAUUCCUUGAUAACCGAUUAGUGAAAUGCUCCCAGUAUGACGGGUUGGUGGAGCUGGCGACCAUCUGUGCCUUGUGCAAUGAUUCCUCCCUGGAUUUUAAUGAGUCUAAAGGCGUUUAUGAGAAGGUUGGAGAAGCCACGGAGACGGCUCUGACCUGCCUGGUGGAAAAGAUGAACGUUUUUGACACUGACGUCAGGAGCCUGUCGAAGAUCGAGAGAGCCAACGCCUGCAACUCAGUGAUCAAGCAGCUGAUGAAGAAGGAGUUCACCCUGGAGUUCUCCAGAGACAGGAAGUCCAUGUCUGUGUACUGUUCCCCCAACAAGGCCAAAUCCUCUACUGCGAAGAUGUUUGUUAAGGGAGCUCCGGAGGGAGUGAUCGAGAGGUGCACGUACGUGCGUGUGGGUGGAUCCAGGGUUCCCCUGACUCAAGGCAUCAAGGAUAAGAUCAUGUCUGUGAUCAGAGAGUACGGCACUGGCCGCGAUACCCUGCGCUGCCUGGCACUGGCCACCCGCGAUAGUCCGCUGAAGAAAGAGGAGAUGAUCCUGUCAGAAACAGCCUGCUUUGCAGAGUAUGAGUCGGAUCUGACCUUCGUGGGCUGCGUGGGCAUGCUGGAUCCUCCUCGUACAGAAGUGGCCGCUUCCAUCAAACUCUGCCGCCACGCUGGCAUCCGGGUCAUCAUGAUCACUGGCGACAACAAAGGCACGGCUGUGGCCAUCUGCAGACGCAUCGGCAUCUUCUCAGAGGAUGAUGACAUUGACCGCAUGGCCUUCACUGGCCGCGAAUUCGACGACCUUUCACCUCACGCCCAGCGAGAGGCCGUCAUGGCUGCCCGCUGCUUCGCACGUGUCGAGCCUUCGCACAAGUCCAAGAUUGUGGAGUUCCUGCAGGGCUUUGAUGAGAUCACAGCCAUGACAGGAGAUGGCGUGAACGAUGCCCCUGCCCUGAAGAAGGCAGAGAUCGGCAUCGCCAUGGGCUCUGGCACUGCCGUGGCCAAGACAGCCUCGGAGAUGGUCCUCGCUGAUGACAACUUUUCCACCAUUGUGGCUGCCGUUGAGGAAGGCAGAGCUAUCUACAACAACAUGAAGCAGUUCAUCCGCUACCUCAUCUCCUCCAACGUGGGCGAGGUGGUCUGUAUCUUCCUCACCGCUGCGUUGGGUUUCCCUGAGGCCCUGAUCCCCGUCCAGCUGCUGUGGGUGAACCUGGUGACUGAUGGUCUUCCCGCCACCGCUCUGGGCUUCAACCCUCCUGACCUGGACAUCAUGAACAAGCCUCCUCGCAGUGCCAAAGAGCCUCUCAUCUCUGGAUGGCUCUUUUUCAGAUACCUGGCUAUCGGCUGUUAUGUGGGUGCUGCGACUGUAGGAGCUGCAGCCUGGUGGUUCAUUAUUGCUGAUGAUGGUCCAAUGGUCACAUUGUACCAGCUGAGUCAUUUCCUGCAGUGUUCUCCUGAUAAUCCUGACUUCCAGGACCUGGAGUGCCACUUGUUCGAGUCUCCCUACCCCAUGACCAUGGCCCUGUCUGUGCUGGUCACCAUCGAGAUGUGUAACGCCCUCAACAGUCUGUCAGAGAAUCAGUCUCUGCUGCGCAUGCCUCCCUGGGAGAACAUCUGGCUGCUGGGAGCCAUCUGUCUCUCCAUGUCUCUUCAUUUCCUCAUCCUCUACGUGGAGCCGCUGCCGGUCAUCUUCCAGAUCACUCCUCUGAAUGUGACCCAGUGGCUGAUGGUGCUGAAGAUCUCAAUGCCUGUCAUCCUCCUGGACGAGCUGCUCAAAUUCAUCGCAAGGAACUACCUAGAGCCCGGUAAAGACCUGGACCAGGAGCCCGACAAGAGAGGCUGGUCCCUCUCUGCAUGCACUGAGGGCGUCUCCUGGCCCUUCGUAGCUCUGACACUCCCUCUAGUGGUGUGGCUGUACAGCACAGACACUAACAUAACCCAGCAGCUCUGGUCCUCCUGACCGAUCCCAGAGCUGCCGUCAAGCUAACAUAUGACUCCAAAUAACCAGAGAAGAAACAUUAACAAGGAACAACCGUCACCCGUUCACAUUUGCACAUGCAUUUCAGCCUGGUUUCAUUUUUUAUUUUUAAGUGUAUAUGUUUAUCCUUAUAUAUGGCAUAUUGUUGUUGGAGAAUAGUAUGUUGCUUUUUUAUAAUUCCAUUUUAAGCACUUUUUUUUUCUUAUGAAAGGUGUAUAUUUUCUCAGGUCCCCCUUAUGGCCUUUUUUGGAUGGUUAAAGCGCAGAGAUGAAAAAUGUAUCAGAUAUUUUUGGCUCAAAGCUCUGAGAUGUCUUUAAAGCUUUUUGAGUCUGCUGGGCCAAAAAGAGCGAAUGUGCAUUUGGGUUAUAUUUAGAUGUUUUCCACUGCAAUGUCACCCAUUUCGUUUCUGUUUCCAUUCCUCGCUUGAAGCAAAAUGAUUUCCUCUGUUUUAAGUAGACUGCAGUGACCUCAGUUACAUCCGUUGCUUUCUUAGGACUUUAUUUAUUUAUUUUGCUCAAUAGGAGACUAGCCAAAUGUACUUCUUCCCUUAAACUUAAAACACUAGCUGUUCAUGGUUUUAUUUUAUGAAUGCUUUAGUAAAAAAAAAAAACAUGACACUGACAGUGUGUUUAGGAUUUGCUUUGUGCAAAUCACCUAAAGAUGUUUCCUUUUUCAUGUGCUGGAUGUAUUUAUAUGGACAGUGUAGUGAUUAUAUUAUAGAUUAAUUAUUUUUACAAUAAUGUAUAUGAGCAUUUACUAGAUGCUGAGUAAAUGAACUGAGCACAAAUUAUCCCUUUUUUUAAUUUAUUAUAUCUAGGAUGAAUUCUGAGAUUACAACCCUGACAUUAUUACGCGGGACUUCUUUACAUCUAGAAAUGGCACAAUUUAUUCAUUAGGGGUCCAUUUCUUUCUUCCUUAAAAAAAAAAAAAAAAUCAGUUCUCUUGUAAAAGUGUCUUACUGCAGGUGAUCAACAGACAUGCAUGAUUAAAUUUGCUGUAUUAAAACUAAUUUUGUCCUGUGUGCAUCAGCGAGUGAGUACUGCUCACAUAAUACACAUUCACAAGCUCAUGUUUGUCUGUACUGCUGCCUGCAUCAGAUUGACGGACGUAAUACAAUUGUGCAACUGCCUCUACAAUGUUUCUAAUGGACCUACAUGUAACUCUGUAAAGAGGCAUUUAAUCUUGUCUAACUAAAAUUGCAUGACAUCACAUUUCUUUAUGUAUACAGUAUCAUUGUGUUUUUCAUUUGUUUGAUCAAAUGUGUCCUUAUUUUGCCAUCUCUCUCUCUCUCUUUCU